AUGACCAAGAAGAAGCCUAAGGCUUCCACACCAUCGGCUCCAGAAACAGAUCCUGCCGCUGCUGGUACUUUGCCCACUCCGGUCACGAAGCCGCGGCCGACGUCAACACCACCUCGCCCACCUGCACCCACAACACCUACCCUGGUUAUCUGUCGCAACAAGCAUUGGCGAUACAUCUCCUCCUACCACGGACCAUGGCUGAACCUCCCGCCCGAAGUCCUCGAGAGUCUGGCAUACAGCAACUACUAUUCUCCUCGCCCUCAACCCGUUGACCCUGCCGUUUUCUUCGACCUGGUCAAGAUUCGACGUCUCAUCGACGAUGCUACUAGUCUGGCUGUGCGCGCAGCCAAUGGCACCACCUCCGCAGCCUUGAAUACUUCAUUGAGUGCCACCAAUGGCAGAUAUAACAGUGCCGAUGCUGAAAUGCUCGGGAUAGGUUCUUCGAGAGGUGCCGGAAAUGCAAAAUUAAGUCGGGAGCGCAGACAUCGCAUGAGGGAGCAUGCUACCCAGAAACUGUCCACCGCAUACCAUCUCGAUGAGAUUGCCACCAGUGUCGCUACAAUGCAGGCCGCCUCGGCGUUAGAAGAUGUGGCCAAGCAUGUAUUGCAGCGGAAUGACCAGGACCCCGAUGCCCAAUAUGUCCAUUUCUUCCACGAGAAGAUCCCCUCCAGGUCAAUGGCUGAAUGUACUAGUCUUGACCCAUUGAACGAUAUCAUCCGACAGCGGCCUACGGAGGCCCCACCUUACCGGACAAGAGCUGUGACUCGCGUCUUCAAAGAAGAUUUUGAGGGAGCAGCGAGAGACUGUACCGACGGGCUUGCUGUCUUCAGGCUCUAUCAUCCACAGCAUCAAAACCAGCAGCAGGAUUUGGUUCUCGCUCGGGAUGCGGCAAGGCUCUCGCGAGACUCAAGACACGACCCACGUGUCGAAGAAAAAGAUCAACCUAGCAGUCUCGAACCCCAACUUCUCUUUCAUCGUGGUGGUGCAUACUUAACCUUGGCUUGCGAUCAAAUUGAACGAUCAUUGUAUGGGCCUCCCCGAGGUGGCUCCAAGCCUCAAGAUGUUACAACCAACGGAGAUGUAGAGCACUCCCCUCUCAGCGAGGUAGACAGACAGGCAAACCGAGAUCGUGCUGAAGCUAGGAAACUGGUGAGGACCUAUGCCAAACGAGCACUCCGGGAUUAUACGUCCUUUCUUUCUCACUUCGACUACACACCCGGUCUCUCUGCCGAAUAUACGGAAGCUUUUCUAGACAGGAUGAGCUCCGCAAGCAACAAGCAAGGCCAUCGUUCUCGAAGUGAGAGACUCCUAGAUAUCGACUCCCACUCCCACUCUGGACUAUCCGAAGCUCUAGUCAAGUAUGAGAGAAAAAAGCAGAAUAGCGAUCCACAAUCAUUCCCGCAAAUUCCGAAACCGACAGUCCACAAGCUGAACACCUUGUUCGCCUCAGUGCCACCACCUGACCUACCGCCACUUCCAACUCAUCCAGAUUCAGAGAAUAUCACCGCUCACCCACCUUUCUCGCUUCCAGAUUUCUCUGAAGCGGUGACUUAUCAUCCAUUACUGACCGAUGUCCUCCAUUCACUACUUCUCUGCCAUGGUCUGAUUCAGACCUCGCCCAAGGAACACCUCCGCCACGCUCACAUGGCUGCCCGAAUUGCUCGUGUCUGUGAUGGUUACCCAAUUUUCCUUGCCGCUCGCUCUCCAUCCCGUGCCGAUUGGAUUGAGGUGCUCCGCCGCAGCAAGAAUUGGCUUGGUCUGGAAACUUCCUGGGAAAACCUGUGUGCGCCGGCGCCACUGCCUGGCCACGCCAAACCAGGGCUUAAACCCCGUAAAGAGACUGCAGACGAGAAGCGUGAGCGUAUCAAGCACGAGGCAAUCAGAGAAGCCUUGUCGGACGAGAGAGUUGUCGAUGAAGCAACCUUUCGGGCAAGUGUGAGAGCAAGAGAGUUGAGAGCUGCGAGGGCGGAAGAAGAGGAGCAGCGAAAAGAGUACUGCCGCACCUCCUCCAAUUCCUCCAUCAACAGGAACGGUCACCACAUCGAUGGUAGCCUUACUGAUCCAACGCCGCAACAGCAGCCCAAGCGUUGGGCCCAGGAAGACGGCAAGGAGUAUCCUAUAACCACGGAGCGAGCUGAGUUGAUUGUCAGGUGGAUCAUGGAAGCUCAACCACCGAGUUCAGCCGAUGGCACCGGACGAGCUAAGAAGAAAUCUGGCGCGAAGGGCAGGUUGAGGAAGAUGGCGAGCACAGCCUCAAGCCUCAGCCGUGGCAGUCGUGGUGAAAAUGGUGUAGACGGUUUAGAGAGGAGUAUUGAUAGUCUAGAUCUGCUAGAUUAA